GUGGCGAUGCACCGGGCCCGUUAGCGCCGGGAGCGCCAGGCAGCUGAGGCGGGGGGCAAGCCCUCCCUCGGAGGAGCCGCGCCCCCGGCCCCGCCGGUCCCGCCGCGAUGCUGUUCCACAGUCUGUCGGGCCCCGAGGUGCACGGGGUCAUCGACGAGAUGGACCGCAGGGCAAAGAGCGAGGCUCCCGCCAUCAGCUCCGCCAUCGACCGCGGCGACACGGAAACGACCAUGCCGUCCAUCAGCAGUGACCGCGCCGCGCUGUGCGCCGGCUGCGGGGGCAAGAUCUCGGACCGCUACUACCUGCUGGCGGUGGACAAGCAGUGGCACAUGCGCUGCCUCAAGUGCUGUGAGUGCAAACUCAACCUGGAGUCAGAGCUCACCUGUUUCAGCAAGGACGGCAGCAUCUACUGCAAGGAAGACUACUACAGGCGGUUCUCUGUGCAGCGCUGCGCCCGCUGCCACCUGGGCAUCUCGGCCUCGGAGAUGGUGAUGCGCGCUCGGGACUUGGUUUAUCACCUCAACUGCUUCACGUGCACCACGUGUAACAAGAUGCUGACCACGGGCGACCACUUCGGCAUGAAGGACAGCCUGGUCUACUGCCGCUUGCACUUCGAGGCGCUGCUACAGGGCGAGUACCCCGCGCACUUCAACCACGCCGACGUGGCGGCUGCGGCGGCUGCGGCCGCCGCGGCCGUUCGGCGCCAGGUUUGGAAUUGUGCAAAAAGAGGGUUGAAGAUGCAGAGAUUUAUUUUCCGAGAGAAGCGGCGUUCGGUGCGCCGGCCGUGGCUGCGUUGCUUGCUCAUUCGGGGCUCCCGGGACGAGGCUGGGAAAAGAAGGCAACUUCCCGGCCUCGCGGGGACCAGCCGAGCCUCCCUAGGUCUAACCGCCGCCCUUCCCUCUCCUCCGGCACUGGCAGGAGAGCAGUGGCCGCAGUGUGGGCCGUGGGGCAGCUGGGACUGGAAAGGGGACCUUGGCGGGUGCAAACGCGCGGGUGUGCCAGCCGGCGUCUGCGCGCAUGUGUCCGGCUGCGGGGACGCGAGCUUGUUUGUGGAAGUGUCCCACAUCCUGGGGCCCAGCCACCCCGACCCCUUGCAAAGCCCCUCGCUCUGGGGGACCGUCCUGCCCAAGCGCGCACUGAGCUGCAAUGAGAACGACGCAGAGCACCUGGACCGUGACCAGCCGUACCCAAGCAGCCAGAAGACCAAGCGCAUGCGCACUUCCUUCAAGCACCACCAGCUUCGGACCAUGAAGUCUUACUUUGCCAUUAACCACAACCCUGACGCCAAGGACUUGAAGCAGCUCGCGCAAAAGACGGGCCUCACCAAGCGGGUCCUCCAGGUCUGGUUCCAGAAUGCCCGAGCCAAGUUCAGGCGCAACCUCUUACGGCAGGAAAACACGGGCGUGGACAAGUCGACAGACGCGGCACUGCAGACGGGGACGCCGUCGGGCCCGGCCUCGGAGCUCUCCAACGCCUCGCUCAGCCCCUCUAGCACGCCCACCACCCUCACAGACUUGACUAGCCCCACCCUGCCAACUGUGACGUCCGUCUUAACUUCUGUGCCUGGCAACCUGGAGGGCCACGAGCCUCACAGCCCCUCACAAACGACUCUUACCAACCUUUUCUAAUGACUCGUGUCCCCUUCCCCAGCCCCACGAUUUCUUUAAAAAAGAAAUUAUCUUUAGUUGAAUUCCAAGUGUAUUUUAAAAUAGAGGCUUUGAGCAACUAACUAACCACAUUUUAGGAUCUCGCCUGGAAACAGAGAAAAAAAGAAUUGUGCACCCGGCUAACGCAGUGGUGUGGACUGAGGAAUUACUUGGAAGAUCUAUCUGCAACACAACAUUUGUGUCACUGUACAGUUUUGUGGACUGAGCGAGGAAAAACAACAAAUAAUUUAAGUUGGCUAGAGCUUCUGUAUUUUCAAAGACUGCCACGUGCCUUAGGAAUACUGUUUUAUCUCCAUACUUUGGAUGACUUGUUCAUUUUUCUCUCCCUCUUUUUCUCUCUGUAUAUUUAUGACCAGAGCAAAAAUGUAAAAAACAAAAAACAACAAAAAAAGUUUGUUACUUUGAAUAGUCCUAAAAAGAAAAAAAAGAAAAAAGAAAAAAAAAAAAGGAAAAAUCAAACCCCCUCCAACGGUCGCUUUGUUGUUUUAGAAUUUUAAGGUGGAAGUCUGUUCGAAUAUCAGAAUUUGUAAAAUCUAACCAGUAAUAAAACCACUUAUCGAAACUA